AUGGCGGCCAUGGAGGAGCUGGAAAUUCACAGCAAGUCUUACUUUGUUCGCUGGAUUAACGUCAACGCCAACCACACCAUCUCGUGGAGCAUUCAACCGCACAAGAAGUCCGUCAACUUCGGCAUCUUCAAACACCCAGGCCAGACAUCCUCACUGGGCUCUGUCCUUCCGGCCUCUGACUCCCAGAGCACCGAUUCAACCGAGAACCUCCCCGCAACCGCCGCAAAUCCCAGCCGCAACCAACAAUCCGCUGUUAUUGACAAGCUGACCGGCAUUGGGCUCAAACAGAUCAAAUGGACUGGCAAAUGCGAGGCAGACAAGAUCACCCAGGGAACAUACGAUGUGCCCAAUAGUGAGAGCGGCAACUACGCGCUCGUCUUUGACAAUACCUUCUCUAAACAAAUCUCCAAGACCCUGACACUUGUCCUUCUCACCUACCCGACGGGCCAGCCCCCGCACAGCUCUGUCUCCAAUACACUUCCGCGCUCGCAAACUGGUGCAUCGACCGACUCGCUGCCACAGCCUAAGACCCGCCGCCGCGGAAACAGCCGCGCCACACUCAACGGACAACAAGAGUUAUCAAACGCGAGUGUGCACACGGGACUGCUGCAGAAGCGACGAAGAAAGCGCCACCAGGGCUGGGCACGUCGCUUCUUUUCUUUGGAUUUUGCUUCCUGCACCCUGUCAUACUAUCAUGACCGUAACUCGGCCGCCUUGCGAGGCGCGAUCCCCCUCUCGCUAGCGGCCGUCGCGACCAACGAGAAAUCGCGUGAGAUAUCCAUCGACUCUGGCACCGAGAUCUGGCAUCUUCGUGCUAGUGAUGAGCAAGGCUUUAUUGCCUGGAAGCAUGCUCUGGAGAGAGCUUCUUCUAAAGAUGCUCAGAAAGCUAGCAAUGCCAGCUUGGCUGCCCCCCCAGAGUUGCGUCUGCAUGCACCAACGCAUCCUGACCCAGCAGAGGAACGCGAAUGGACCCGUGUUGAGAGUUUGGUCAGCCAUAUUUCUGGAUCUCGGGAUGCUGUGCGUCGCUUGGCUAAAGAUACGGAUCCCAAAUAUAUGACUUCGCCUGUCCCGGCUGCUGGUGUUGACCGACCCAAGUCUCGUGGUCGGUCGCCCAGUCCCCAGCCUAGCUCUCAUGAUGCAACUCCCAGUGAUGAGCCUAGACGCCCUUUUUGGAAACGCAAGACAAGUGGGCAGUCGCAUGCUAGUGGUCGGCGUCCAAAUGCUGUGACAUCUAACUCUAGUUCCUCGCAGCUUGUCGUACCUCCUACAGAUGGGAAGGGAAGGCCUGCUAGUAUCCAUAGUCAUACAGAUCAGAUGGACGAUAUCCACGAUAAUCUGAUGGCUGUACUGCGGGAUCUUGAUACUGCUGUUUCGGAAUUCUCUACGUUGAUUGCUGAGAGCAAAGAGCGACGGCACCCGCCUCGGCUGUCCAUCAUUCCACGGCGAAGUAUGGAGUCGGAUAUCUCGCAAGAGUUCUUUGAUGCAACGGAUGGAGGUGGUGACCGAUCUCCCCUCUUGACCAUCCAAGACAGCGACGAUGAAUGCCCCGAGGAAGACCGACCUGCACCUCCAGCCGAGGAAGUCGAAGACGAUGCUCCAUCCGACAGUGAUGGUGAAUCCGACACUCGACAGGAGAGCAGCAGUGGUCUCUUCCCGAUCAAGCCCAAGUCCCUGAUCCCGCUCCCUCUGGACCCCAUAAAGCGUCGCGCCAACAUCCUCGCUCCAACGGUCAUGCCACCAAGCUUGAUCGGCUUCCUGCGCAAGAAUGUCGGCAAGGAUCUAUCAACUAUCUCCAUGCCAGUCUCCGCCAACGAGCCCAUGUCCCUCCUACAACGCGCAGCAGAGAUCCUCGAAUACUCCUCUCUCCUCGACAAAGCAAGCCAAUCAUCAGACGCAACCGAGCGCCUAAUGUACGUCACGGCCUUCGCCCUCUCCUCUAUCUCAAGCAACCGCGUCCGCGAACGCUCAAUCCGCAAACCUUUCAACCCAAUGCUAGGCGAGACAUACGAGCUCGUCCGUGAAGACCGCGGCUUCCGCUUCAUAGCAGAGAAAGUCUCGCACCGCCCCGUCCAACUCGCCUACCAAGCCGACAGCAAAGAAUGGUCCCUCAGCCAGUCCCCACUCCCUAGCCAGAAAUUCUGGGGUAAAUCCGCCGAAAUCACAACCGAAGGCCGCGUCCGCGUCACCCUCCACGCAACAGGCGACCGCUACAGCUGGACCCCGGCAACAUCCUUCCUGCGCAACAUCAUCGCAGGCGAGAAAUACGUCGAGCCCGUCGGCGAACUGGCCGUUAUGAAUGAAUCCUCUGGCCACCGCACUAUCUCGACCUUCAAGGCUGGCGGUAUGUUCUCUGGCCGCAGCGAGGAGGUCUCCACCCGCACCGUCGACGCCCAUAAUAAACCCCUCCCGCUUGGUCUGUCGGGUACAUGGCCUUCCUCGUUGACACUGACCCGCGAUGGAAACCCUACUGGUAAUACCGUCUGGACUGCCGGCACCCUGGUUCCAUCUGCGCCUAAGCACUACGGAUUGACAUCCUUCGCGGCCGCGCUGAAUGAGAUCACUACGAUUGAGGAGGGUCAUCUUCCUGCCACGGACUCUCGUCUCCGUCCUGAUCAGCGGGCUUUGGAGGAUGGGGAUCUGGAUCGUGCGGAGGAGGUCAAGGUGCAGCUUGAAGAGGGUCAGCGUGCACGUAGACGUGAGAUGGAGGAUGCCGGUGAGGCUUGGGUUCCGCGCUGGUUUACGCGGAUUGGGGGUGAGGGUGAGUCGGAUGAGGCCUCUUGGAGGUUGAAGGGUGGGAAGGAUGGGUAUUGGGAGGAGAGAGCUAAGGGCAGCUGGACAAAUGUUGUGCCUGUUUUUGAAUAG